GGCGGGGCGCGCGCCUGUCACCCGCUGGUAAACAAACCCGGACAACAGAGUUGGGGUAUUGUGCCAGGUCUCGCCCAAAGAAUUUUUUUGGGGUGCUGUGUUUCCUCCGGUUAGGUGUUUACCAGUCACCACUGGAUGAUAGUAGGGGCCGAUGCUGGGCCGAAAUUGUUCGUAAGGUGUGUUGGGGUGCGAGCUACCACUGCACCACGGGCAGCUUCUAUGCCUUGAAGUGCCCAAUAGUACUAUACUGUACGUAAUGUACAGUCUCGAGGCCUAUUUGAUGGACUGCACUAUGUUUUAAGAAAGUUACUGAAAUGGAUGGUGGUAAUGGUGGCCCACCCAAGUAUGGGAGCUCUGGGGCAAAAAACCAGGGCUUAACAGGCACAUUGCAUCCCAAAUCACUUGCUGGAAGGGAAACUGAUAGGUCUUCCCAAGGCCAAAAGGCUCCUCCGAGAGCAUCCAUGCUUCACAAGGAAUAUGGAUUACAUCAAACAUCCUUCAGUGAGGGUCAGUUAUCUAGUCAGGGCAUCUGUCCUCCUGGUACUGAUCUGCAUCACAAUGCUACAUCCAAAGGUCAUGUGCCACUUAAGCAUACUAUAGAUGAUGCAAAAGGCAUUACCAUUCAUAACGUUGCAGAUAUUCCUCUACCUACACAGGCACCACCUUCAACAGUACGCCAAAGGCCUGCUUUAAUUUCUACUACUGUGCCUUAUCCAGCUGUAUUGCCAUCACAACGACAACCAUCAGCUAGUGUAAAACCUUUAACUUCUUUUAAGGCUGACACAGGAGGUUCAUAUAACAAGCCUGAAGGAAGCAAAUCUUCUACUGUUGUCACACCCACUCCAAAUAUUGUGGCAUCUGCAGUAACUAGUAAGCCUCAUCCCAGCAUGCCAAAAGUGAAUACACCAUGUAUCCUCAACCAGCCCCAGAGAUCAAGUAUUAUUGUUGGAACUGGUAGUAUGAAAGGAUCACCUCAAAAGUUCUUACCUGCACAGGUUUCCCCCAAAACCCCUGUAAAUGUGAGGCCAGCUUUGUCUGAAUCUGAAGUUGUUAGCAAGACUGUUAGUUCAGAUUUAAAAUCAACUAGUUCAGUCUCACUGUCACGACCUUCAGAGGGCCUCUCUUCACUAGUGUCCUAUUCCUCUUCAGAUGAAUCAACUUCUGAAGACAAUGCUCAAGAUGAUCUAGAAGAUAGUAGUUUGUCAUCUGUUUUAGAUGAACCAAUGGACACUGGUGAAAAUAGUAGUCAAUCAGUAGGUACUUUUUCCAAGGUGUUGGGAAAAAAAUCUGUAACUCCUGAGCAGGUAAAGAAAUUGGUUGAAAAACAACAUGAAAAGGUAGAUAUUGUCUCAGCUGAGGCCAGUGCUGAUAUAAAUGCAAGACGCCAGGUGCAGAGUGUGCCAGGUAGGCCAGCUGAUGCAGUGAAGGAGCAAGAAACCAACCCCAUUUCAAAGAAGGAAAUUAAUAUUGGAAAGGAAAGAACAAAAGUGUAUUCCAAAACUGAUGAGAGUAAAGAUGAAAAAGUUGUUUGCAGCACAAAACUUGUUAAAGAUGCAAAUGUGACAAGAGAACUAAAAAGGAAAGAAGAGGCUCAACCUUCAGGUAUACCUCUCACUGUUAAAGAAGUCCCCUCAAAAGAGUGCCCACCAAAAGUUCCUCUUCAGCCGGCAGUCAUUGACACAUCAGAUGGCCAACAUUCACUACAACGAGAGAAAGGGAAAGAAAGUUUGCAAAUUACCAAGGAGAUGGAGCAUCAGCCACUCAAAAGUGAACUUGUACAGAAAUGUUCCAUCUCGAAAACAUCUGGUAAAGACCCUCAAGCUGAACAUGUAAAAUCUUCCCCAAAAACGGAAGCCAAAUUAGAACAGCAAGACGCUUCCAGUAUUCAGAAGAAACUUGAUAGCCCUCUUGGGGUAUCAUUGCCGAAGUUGAUUUCUGUGCCAGUAAGUGAGAAAACUUACCACAGAGAUCUUGGAAAGCAUGGAGAUGAUAAGAUGUGUGGAAGUGAAAAAUUAACAUCUUCAGAAAAAACAGUACCACAGGAAGUAGUUAAGAAUACAGGAUCUGGGAGACAAUCUUCAGAUAUUAGAAGGGAAGUUGCUAAGAAUACUGAAACUCUGGGACAACCUUCAGAUUCCAGACAUCAAGUUGCUGAAAAUACUGCAACUGGCAAACAACAGUUACAUGUUGGACAGGAAGCUGCUAAGAAUGUAGAAACUGUGAGACAGCCAUUAGAUCUUAGACAGGAGGUAACUCAGAAUGUUGGAACAUGUGGACAUCCUUCAGAUGUCAGCCAGGAAGCUACCAAGAAUGCUGGAACUAGCAAACAACCAUUAAAUGUUGGAAUGGAAGUAGCUAAGAAUGCUGGAACUAGCAAACAACCAUUAAAUGUUGGAAUGGAAGUAGCUAAGAAUGCUGGAACUAGCAAACAACCAUUAAAUGUUGGAAUGGAAGUAGCUAAGAAUACUGGAACUUUGGGACAACCUUCAGAUUCCAGACAUCAAGUUGCUGAAAAUACUGCAGCUGGCAAACAACAAUUACAUGUUGGACAGGACGCUGCUAAGAAUGUAAAAUCUGUUAGAGAGCCAUUAGAUCUUAGACAGGAAGUAGUUAAGAAUGCUGCAGCUGGCAGUCAACCAUUUGAUAUUAGGCAAGAUGAAGACAAGAAGGCUGGAAUUCUUGGACAGUCUUCAUGUAUCAGACAGGAAGGAGCAAAGAAUGCUAAAACUGAUAGACACCCUUCUGAUAUUGGACAAAAAGUUGAUAAUGUUGACACUAGGAGACAACCAUUGGACCUUAGACAGGAAAUAUCUAAGAAUGGUGCAAGUAGCAUACAACUUUCUGAUGUUGGACAGGAAGUUACUAAGAAUGCUGCAAGAAGCAGACAAUUUGAUAAUAAACAUGGAGCAUCUCUGAAUGUUGGAGCUCGUGGACAGUCUUCAGAUGUUGGACAAGAAGUGGCUAAGAAUACUGGAGCUCCUAAACAACCUUCGGAUGUUGGACAAGAAGUGGCUAAGAAUACUGGAGCUCGUGGACAGUCUUCAGAUGGUGGACAAGAAAUUUCUAAGAAUACUGGAGCUCCUAGACAACCUUCGGAUGUUGGACAAGAAGUGGCUAAGAAUACUGGAGCUCCUAGACAACCUUCAGAUGUUGGACAAGAAGUGGCUAAGAAUACUGGAGCUCCUAGACAACCUUCAGAUGUUGGACAAGAAGUGGCUAAGAAUACUGGAGCUCGUGGACAACCUUCAGAUGUUGGACAAGAAGUGGCUAAGAAUACUGGAGCUCCUAGACAACCUUCAGAUGUUGGACAAGAAUUGGCUAAGAAUACUGGAGCUCGUGGACAAUCUUCAGAUGGUGGACAAGAAGUGGCUAAGAAUACUGGAGCUUCUAGACAACCUUCAGAUGUUGGACAAGAAGUGGCUAAGAAUACUGGAGCUCCUAGACAACCUUCAGAUGUUGGACAAGAAGUGGCUAAGAAUACUGGAGCUCGUGGACAAUCUUCAGAUAGUGGACAAGAAGUGGCUAAGAAUACUGAAGCUCAUGGACAACCAUUGCAUGGUAGACAGGAAGUAGCUAAGAAUGCUGGAACUGGUAAACAACUUUCAGGUGCUAGACAACCACUAGAUAUUAGACAGGAAACAGCUAUGAUUGCAGGAGCUGAUGAAGAACCUUCACAAUCUAGACAGGAGCUUGUAACUGAUAAACAACUUUCAGAUGCUAGACAAGAAGUAGCUAUGAAUGUAGGAAGUGACAGUCAAUCAUCAGAUUUUAGACAGGAAGUAAAUAAAAAUGUUGGAAGUAGCAGAGAGCCUCCUAAGAUCAGACAGAAAUUCUCUAAGAAGGUUGAAACUGAUAGAGAACCUCCAGAAGUUAAACAGGAAGUCAUUAAGAAGGCUGAAGCUAGCAGAGACCCUCUCAAAAUUAGACAAGAUCUCACUAAGAUCGCUGGAACUGGUAGAGAGCCUCCAAAAGCUGUACAAGAAGUCAUUAAGAAAAUUGAAACUGAUGUAGAGCUUCCAAAAGUUAGAAAAGACGUCACUAACAAGGCUGAAGCAGGUAAAUAUCCUUUGGAUGUUAGACAAGAAGUCACUAAGAAGGCUGAAACUAGUAGAGACCUUCCAGAAGUUAAACAGGAAGUCACUAAGAAGGUUCAAACUGAUGUAGAGCUUCCAAAAGAUAGAAAAGACAUCACUAACAAGGCUGAAGCAGGUAAAGAUCCUUUGGAGGUUAGACAAGAAGUCACUAAGAAGGCUGAAACUAGUAGAGACCUUCCAGAAGUUAAACAGGAAGUCACUAAGAAGGCUGAAACAUGUAGUAAGCCUCCAGAAGGUAGUCAGGAAGUUGCUACUAAAAGACCUGGAACUGGUAGAGAACCUUCAGAAGUUAAGCAGGAAGUCACUAAGAAGACUGAAACUGGUAGGGAGCCUUCAGAAGUUAGACAAGAAGUCACUAAGAAGGCUGAAACAUGUAGUAAGCCUCCAGAAGGUAGUCAGGAAGUUGCUACUAAGAGAUCUGGAACUGGUAGAGAGCCUUCAGAUGUUAAGCAGGAAGUCACUAAGAAGACUGAAACUGGUAGGGAGCCUUCAGAAGUUAGACAAGAAGUCACUAAGAAGGCUGAAACAUGUAGUAAGCCUCCAGAAGGUAGUCAGGAAGUUGCUACUAAGAGAUCUGGAACUGGUAGAGAGCCUUCAGAUGUUAAGCAGGAAGUCACUAAGAAGACUGAAACUGGCAGAGCACUUGCAGAAGUUAUCCAGGAAGUUACUAAGAAGGCUGAAAGUGGUAGAGAACCUCCUAAAGUUAAGGAGGAAGUCACUAAGAAGACUGAAACUGGCAGAGCACUUGCAGAAGUUAUCCAGGAAGUUACUAAGAAGGCUGAAAGUGGUAGAGAACCUCCUAAAGUUAAGGAGGAAGUCACUAAGAAGGCUGAAACUAGUAGGGAGGCUCCAGAAGUUAGACAAGAAGCUUCAAAGAAUGCUGGACAUGGUAGAGUGCCGCCAGAAGUUAAACAGGAAAUCACUACAAAGAAUGAAACUGGUAGUGAACUUUCAGAAGUUAGACAAAAAGUCACUAAAAAGCCUGAAACUAGUAAAGAGCCUCCAGAAGUUAGACAUGAAGUCACUAAGAAGGCUGAAGUUGGAAGAGAAUCUUCGGAAAUUAGACAAGAAGUCACUAAGAGAGCUGGAACUGGUACAGAGCACACAGAAGUUAUUCAGGAAGUUACUAAAAAGGCUGAAACUGAUAGAGAGCUUCCAGAGGUUAGACAAGAAGUCACUAAAAUGACUGAAACUGGGAAAGAUCCCCCAGAAGUUAAACAGGAUGUCAUUAAGAGAGCUGGAACUGGUAGAGAGCCUGCAGAAGAUAGACAAGAAGUCACUAAAAUGGCUGAAACUGGCAGCAAACCUCCAGAAGCUAGACAGGAAGUUGCUGCAAAGAGACUUGGAACUAGCAGAGAGCUGCCUGAAGUUAGCCAUGAAGUUAAGAAGAAGGCUGAAACUGGUAGAGAGCCUCCUGAAGUUAGACAAGAAGUCACCAAGAAGGCUGAAACUGGAAAAUACCCUCCAGGAGUUAAACAGGAUGUCACUAAGAGAACUGGAGCUAAUAGAGAGCUCACAGAAGGUAGACAAGAAGUCUCUAAGAAAGCUAGAAUUGGUAGAGAGCCUCAAGAAGUUAAACAGGAAGUCACUAAGAGAGCUGGGUCUGGUAGAGAGCUUCCAGAAGUUAAACAGGAAUUCACUAAGAGAGCUGGAUCUGGUAGAGAGCUUCCAGAAGUUAAAGAGGAAGUGACUGUGAUGGCUCAAACUAGUAGAGAGCCUCCAGAAAUUAGACAGGAUGUUUCUGAACAUUCUGAAAUUGAUAGAAAGGAAGUAACUAAGAGAACUAGAACAGGUCGACGCUCUUCAAUUGCUAAACAUAAAGUUGCUAAGAAUGCUGGGACUAGAAAACAAAUUUCAGAUGUUGAUGCUAGCGUAACUCGAGGAACUGUUAAAGGCAAUAAAAAAUCUCCCAAAACCCAAGUAAAUAAGCAAAGGUAUGGAGAGCGAAGAACAAAGCGAUCCAUGAAGGAUUUGGAUUUCAUUCAGGAAGACGCACAAGAAGUCCACCCACCAGUGGAAAAGAGGGCUCGAUUUGAGGAAGAAGUGGGUUCGUCUUCAUUCCCUGACAAAAUAAGACAAGCUCACGAGGAGUUAAGUGAAGUUGAAGAAUUGGAAAAGAUGGAAGUGGAAACUAAAGAGGAGGAGGAGGAAGUUGAAGCAGCAGAUAGUCAUUUUCCAUUAAUGGAGCAUGUGCAUAAGAUUGAUGAUGAAAGUAGAGAUGGCCUUGAUGAUAAUGAUGAUGACAUGCAGGACAAAGAUAAUAACAGUGAUGGUAAAGAAAAGGAUGAUGGCAAGGACGACGAAGCUUCUACACCAUCAAAAAGAAGGAAAAAGAAAAAGAAAUCUUAUGAAAGACCAAGAGGAGAAGGUGGAAAAUUUAUGAAAGAGAGACCAGAUACUCACUGGCACUCUACAGAUCCAUCUAUGCUGGAUGAGGAGACAAGAAUGGACUACAGUUUACUUCAGGAUGAGGACUCUCAGGGCUCCUCAAAAAGGGAAGUACGCAGAUUCCGCUGUGAAGUUAUUGUCCCAGAAAGUACUGAGGCGUUCACUGCUGACAAGGUGGUUGAGUAUGUUUGGCCAUUGGAAGGCAUUGGUGAACACUACUUCAUACAAGAGCAAAUUUCCCAGUACCUUGGCAUCAUGUCAUUCAAGCGCCGGUACCCAGAUCUACGAAGACGGCCAAUUGACAUGCAGGAGCGAGAUUAUUUGAAGGAAAAAUGCUUAGUGUCAGAAAUGGCCUGUGAUUUAGGUUUAACAGCUGUGAGAAGUGAAGAUGUACUAGACGUUAUGUUUAGUGAUUUUCCCAGGAAGUUUGAAGAAUUACAACGUCUCUUGAGGGAAAAAAAAGAGAAUGAAAUCAGAGAGAGGGGAAAAGUGAACUACUCCUUGGCCAAUAUUGACAAGUCCAAGUUGCAGGAGUAUGGGAGGAAGGCUGCUGUAGAUGCUGCUCGCUGGAAUGCUAACUUCAACAAGGAAAAGAAAGAGGAACGAAGGUACAGCUUUGACCUGCAGACUUUCACCCUGCAGCUCCCUAUUGGCCGUGGGAAGAAGCUGCCCUCUGAAUUAACCAAAAUAGGCUGUUAUCCAGUUGCAGUUCUACCUGGACAAUUCACAGAUUGCUAUAGACAGUACUCAUCAUUGGCCUUAAAAACUAUGCCCUUGGGCACAGUUGUUGCAGCUCCCAUUACCCAGGAUCAACUAGGCCUGGAUGGAGCAAGCUCCGAUUCAGAAGAGGAGGCCACGAGGUUAGGCACUGACGUUGCCAGUGAUACGAAGGAUGAGAAACCAGCAGAAGGAGUCCCACGGUGUAAGGUGUGCAGUGGGACAAAGCAUCGUAAUAAGGGUGGCAAGCCUGAACCUCUCAUCAUUUGUGGAAAUUGCCGAUCAGCAAGCCACCCUACAUGCAUUGAGUUGACCCUGGUUAUGGUGCCAAAGAUAGAAUCUUACAACUGGCAGUGUAUGGAUUGCAAGUCUUGUGUCACCUGUAAUGACCCUGAUGAUGAAGACAAGAUGAUAUUCUGUGACAUGUGCGAUCGAGGGUAUCACAUCUAUUGUGUUGGGUUGCGGCGUGUACCAAAUGGCCGCUGGCAUUGUAAAGAGUGUGCCAUGUGCUCUUCCUGUGGCUCUAAGACUCCAGCUGGCAUUGAACACUUGAAAAAUGCAGAAUGGCAGCACGAGUUUAAAAAGGACAAGGAUAACAAGCAGCUGAGAUAUGCAACUACACUUUGUGUCCCUUGUGAUAAAUAUUGGAAGAGGAGACAGUUCUGCUAUGUGUGCUUAAGGGUUUAUAGAAGCAUUCCAGAAGAUGGGAUGGUACGCUGCUCCAACUGUCCGAAGUACAUUCAUCGGGAAGGUUGCUCUACAAUAUACGAAAAUGAACGUUUCUGCAUCAACUGUUUCAAAAUGCGUAAUUCUACUGCCCUAAACCACUCGCGUAUCAUAGCGGCAGCAAAAAAGAAAAUGGCUUCAGGCUAUUGAUGUGAAAAUAUUUGUAAAUCUUAUGGUUUCUCAUGUGUCUUAGGUGUUAAAAGCAAAUUUGUAAGAAUAACUCACAAUGUGGGGCGGGGGGAGAAAUCAGUGAGAAGUAGUAUGCAGAAAAUUAUUUAGUUUUAAAUGUUUCUUUUUCAUUAUUUGUAAAUACAGAUUUUCUGUAUAGUCCUUCUGUAGAGGUAAAACUUUAACCCAUUGUUCUCAAAGAGUUAUAAAGUAACUCCAGCAAUACUUCAACAUUAUAUACCCCUUACACCCCAUCAUUUAGUUUUCUUCUGAUAUGAAUUUUGUUUAUCUACAUUUUAUGAAAACAUUCAAGUUAUAAUUUGAUCUAUUAUAUUUAUAAAUAAAUACAAAUUACACAUU